GUGGCCGCCCUCGCGACUCCUGGAGCCACCGCGUGCCCCUCCAGGCUCCGCGGGCGCUGGGCGGCGCGUUCUCUGCCAUCCCCCCAAUCCUACCCGCCUGGGUCGUUCGUUAGCCCUCGCCGGAGGUCCCCUCCAAGUUCAAGCCCGACGGGGAGAAGCAGGACAGGCGCCGGAGGACCGGCCCAGGAGGCCAGGAAAAGUGACCGCCUGUUCUUUGGGUCAGACCGCUGGCUGUGGUGUGGACCAAGGACGCUGUCGCCUUGCUUUGCCCUGGAGCCUAUGGAGCUGAGACCUGACCCUAGCCACAAGGAGAAUGUGCCCCCCAGGCCCGCGGUGCCCCUGAGGCCAGAGCAGCGGAGAUUCCUGAAGAGCCGAGAUGUUGGCCUGGGCAGUGACCAUGGCCGGUGGGUGCGCGCGAGCCAGACCCAGAGGGGAGGGCCUGCCAUCACCCCCUCCCCGGGGGCUGUGCUGUGCCGGGAGCCUUGCCGAGUCCAGACCAACCUGGCUGGACAACGGAGCCCCGGCCUGAGCCCCGUCCUGAAGGGCACAGCUGGCCAGCUGAUGAACACAAGCUUGCAACAGCAGAGUAACCUGCAGCUCCCCACCGGCACGCCCCGGGGAAGGACAAGAGAGUUCGCCAUCCAGCAGAGUAACCUGAGCAUGAGGGGGACCAGCUCGGCUCAGGGCAGAAGUCCCAUCAGCCACCGCCUCUGGCCCCACCUGACCCCUCAGGGAAGGCCUCGCCCCCGAGGAUCCCUGGCUUGCCCAUGGUCCAGCCUGAGACGGUCCCAGCUGCUGGCCACAGACACCUCCGGCCCAGAUGUCCAGCCUGACGCAGGCUUUGGUCCUUUCAGUGGACACACACGGCCAGGCUCCAAACUCUGGUGUGGCCUGGGGAGCUGGCCCUCUAGGCUCAGAGGGAAACCCCUCACCCUGGAAGACCUGACCGUCCCUGUCCAGAGCCAGGCUCGGACCCCAUCCCAAAUCGCCGUCCGCCAGCUGCUGGCCUCCGUGCGACCCCUGGAGCGCGCAGUCAACCGUCUCAGGUGCCAGGUGUGCCAGGAACCCAGCGACGGCUGGCAGGGCGUCCUUCAGGCCAAGCCCCUGAGGCAAGGAGAGAACUUCUCCCCGGGGCCGACAUACGGCAGCGGGCAGAGGGGAGCGCCCCGGCUCCCUCGAGGUGCAGGCAGCGAGGAGGCCGGACUCUGCUCUUCAGCCGGCUCCGGCUCCGCGGCUGCCUGGGGUGUCCCACCCCGGCGGGAAGGAGGAGAGGUGACUCCGCAGGAGCAGGUCCGCGAGGAGGAAGAGAGGGCGGCUUCUUGCCCGCUGGACGCAGCCCCAGCAAGGAUCAUCGUGCAGAAAAAAGCCCGAAAUGUGCUGAACCUGGAACCCGAGACAGCCCGCUGGCAGUGGCUCUCCAGAUGUUUCAGAGCGUGGUGGCACUUGGUGCAGAAACGCCGGGCGGAGGCUGCAGCGGUGGCCCUGGGCCGCCGGCAGCUGCUGUGCAGAGGCCUGUGGGCGCUUCGCCGGGCUCCGAGACUCCGGGAGGCCCAGCUGGAGGUGGCGUGGCAGCGACACACUCAGGCCCUGCUGGCCCAGAGCUUCCAGAAGUGGAGAACCCGGACUCUACAGCAGAAGCAGGGGCAGCCCCACAUCCAGACUGGGCCAGGACCCCCACCCUCUGGGGCAGGACAAGGCCAAGGCCCCUCAGGAAGGGAGCCAGUGGCAGACCCCAUCAGGAGAAGCAGUCCAGGGAGUCCGAGGGAGGAGGCAGGAGCCUGGCCGAGACCAGCUGGAGGCGAUGGAGUAGAGCAGAUGCUGCAGGUCUUACAACAACUGGCUGUCUUCCUCUUGUGGUUCCACCCGAAGGAAUGGGCCUGGCAGGAGAGGGGGGUCCAGGGAGAGGUCUCCCAGGUCGCACUGAGGACUCAGCGGAGGGGGAGGCAGCCCCUAGCCCCGUGCUCUCCUGUGACAUGUGCACCCAGGGGAGCCUCUCCGGACCCUAAGCAGCGGAGAGCCCGGCUCGGCAGGUGCUUUGGGGCCUGGCAGAAGUUCAUGCUAAGAGCCGCCCGGUACCGGGACUGCCUGGCCCGCUGCCGGGCAGGGACCCUGAGGGUAUGUCUGCAACAGUGGAUGUGGAUGAAACAGCUCCGGACCUCAGAUGGAGCGAAGGUGACCCAGCUGUCCCUCUGCCGCCAGAAGGCGGGGAACACGGCCCUCUGCAGCUCGGCGCCCAGAGGGGCCACAGCCCAGGGCCUGGGGGUCCUGGCUCGGGCCCAGGGGCUGCCCCUGGAGCCAGGCGGGAGCUCCCUGCAGGAAGCCUGCGAGAGAUUGGCCCUGCACCGGGUGCUGCUGCUCUGGAGGACACGGCUGUCCCAGCGCCAGAGGGCUGACUCCUUCCUCCAGGACAAGAGGCGGCAGGUGAUUCGGCAUAUCCUGAGGGGGUGGCAUUUGAGGGUGUGGGGUCCGAGCACCCCGUCAGACAGUGCCAGGACCACCUUGGCCCUGGAGCUCCUGGGCAGCAUCCCGGGAGGGGAGCCGCUGCUGGACGGCAGCCCACCCCGAAGCUCACUAGAGAAGGCUUCCAGGACCCCCGCCUUCUUGGAGACCCUCCCACUGAGCCUUCUGUGGGCAUCUGGGCAGCGGCAGAGGGCACAGUGCCUUCUGUCCUGGCAGGCGCGGGUUCAGCAGUCCCGGGGUGCAGCGAGGUGGCACCAGUCUACCCUUCAGAGGCGCGCCCUCCUCAGCUGGAGCCACUGGGCCACAGCCCAAGGGGCCCAGAGAGAGCUGGCGGUUGCCUGGGCCCGGGACCGGAGCUGCAGGGCCGCGCUGGGCUUGUGGCGGCGGCGGCUGGCACAGGGGCGCGAAGUGGAGCAGUGGGUUCGGGCACGGGACUGCACACGGGUCCGAGGGGCCCUGCACCAUUGGCACUCCUGCUGGCAGACCGUUUCCAGGCCUGGCGUGGAAUUGAAAGAGACACAGGGGUGGUCAUGGCCAUGGGAGCCUCUCAGGAUGGCCCGAGAAAGAAAUGAGGCCCCCGAGGGGGCCACAUCUGCCACGUGACAGGAUGCCCGAGCAGCCAAGGCCUGGGCACAGGAGUGGUGUGUGGCCUGGGCCUCCGUGGCCCACUGCAGAAGCCACGUGCCGGGGGGGCCGGGUGCACAGGCAGCCGAGCAGGGCCUGGGCCCAGCAGGCCUUCGUAGCCUGACGAGCGGCUCUGGGCCGGUGCUGCGAGGCCUGCUGGCAGGCAGAAGAGAGAGUGGCCCUGUGCCAGACCUAGUGGGUGGGUGAGUCCUGCCUAUGCCGGGUCAGCAGAGCCUGUGCUGCCCAGAAGCUGAGUAACAGGUGGGUGCCCGUGGCCUGCGGGCAGCCCCACACAGUGCGUCCAGCUGAGUCCAUUUCUGAGGCCUUGGGCUUGCUGUUGGCAGAGGUAGAGGGUAUGUGGUGGCUGGCGAUGGGGCUCGGGAGGUUGGGGUCAGAGGAAAAGGCGAUCGCAGCUCGUCCUGGGGUCCGAGUCCAGACCCGCACUUUCCAGCAGAGCAACCCCUCUCCGAGCAAGUCUCUGAAGGACAGAGAAGGAUAACAGGCCCACCUUAGGGGAUGCGUGGGAGCACUGGGCUCAGGGCUCCGAAACACGGCAGGUGCUCAUUAAACAGUGCUCUUGUGAGGGAGAGCAAGGCGAAGACAGCAAGACUGCCGCUCUCUGUCCCUGGGGUGUGAUGUUCUGCUGCUCUCUGGGCCUCUUUUAACCCAAUUUCCCCAGAAGAGGGAUGAGGGGAGGAUCCAGCAGGGCACGGGCUGGGAAGGGUUUACCUUCUGCUUCACACACAUGUGGGCUCCUCCCUCUGUCCCAGGAUCCUAGAGGCCUGGGCCCAGUCAGCAGCUAGGGCCCGUGACCAGCGAGCCGCCAUCACCCAGUUCCAGCAGGCUGGGUCCAGAC